AUGGGAAUGGUAGGCCGUCUUCGGAGCACGAACCAAUCAGAGCCUACAUAUUUGCCCCUCCAAGAGCUUCACCUCGCCCUUGCAACCCCACCUGGUGGUGACUCCCAAAGUUUUCUCGUCUCUUCCGUCUCGCAUCGGCCCGGACGGCUUCUUGUUUACUUCUUUAUAUACUCGUCCCGUUUUCUUCUUAUCUAUAACCUACAGAUUGGCUAUACGCACCCGUGGGAGAAACGCGCCCGAAACAUUGUCUACACUGCCCCUCGCCACUCGAUCCAUCUCUGCCCCGCCGACUUGCUCGAUUGCUCCGCCCACGAUGCCAAUCCCGUGAAAUUGGCCAACCGCCAAUGGCCAGACAAGACGAUUGACAAAGCCCCUCGCUGGCUGUCGUCCUGCCUCCGUGAUGGCAACCAAAGUCUGCCCGAUCCCAUGAACGGCGACGAGAAAUGGGCUUACUUCAAGAUGCUGUGCGACCUCGGCUACAAGGAGAUCGAAGUCUCCUUCCCCUCGGCGUCGCAGAUCGACUUUGACUUUACCCGACGCCUGAUUGAGACCCCCGGUGCCGUGCCCGACGACGUUUACCUGCAGGUGCUGUCGCCGUGCCGGCCAGACCUCAUCCGACGCACCGUCGAAUCGGUCCGUGGCGCCAAGAACGCCAUCAUCCACAUCUACCUGGCCACCAGUGCGUGCUUCCGGCAGGUAGUGUUCGGCUACACCGAGGAGCAGACCCUGGCGCUGGCCGUCGAGUGCGCGACCCUCGUGCGCUCCUUAACCAAGGACGACCCGACCACCGCCGGCACCAACUGGCAGUUUGAGUUCUCGCCCGAGUGCUUCUCCGAUACCAGCCCAGACUAUGCGGUGCGCGUGUGCCAGGCCGUCAAGGCCGCUUGGGGCCCUAACUCCACCAACGACAAGAUCAUUUUCAACCUGCCUGCCACGGUCGAGCUCGCGACGCCCAACGUCUACGCCGACCUCAUCGAGUACUUUUGCACGCACAUUGGCGACCGCGACAGCGUAUGCGUCUCUCUGCACCCGCACAACGACCGCGGAUGCAGUGUCGCUGCCGCCGAGCUCGGCCAGAUGGCCGGCGCGGACCGCGUCGAGGGCUGCCUCUUCGGUAACGGCGAGCGCACCGGCAACGUCGACCUCGUCACCCUAGCGCUGAAUCUGUACACGCAGGGUGUCAGCCCCAAGAUUGACUUUUCCCAGCUCAACCCCGUCAUCGACAUGGUCGAGUCGUGCACCAAGAUCCCCGUGCACCAGCGCGCGCCGUACGGCGGCAGCCUCGUCUGCGCCGCCUUCUCCGGCAGCCACCAGGACGCCAUCAAGAAGGGCUUCCAGAGCCGGCAGGCGCGCGGCCUCGCGAGCGACGACCCCUGGGACGCCAUGCCCUACCUGCCGCUCGACCCGCAGGACAUUGGCCGCAACUACGAGGCCAUCAUCCGCAUCAACUCGCAGUCAGGCAAGGGCGGCAGUGCCUUCAUCGUCCACACCAAGCUGCAGCUCGACCUGCCUCGCAGCUUCCAGGUUGCCUUCUCCAACGUCGUCCAGCGCCGUGCUGAGGAGCUGGGCCGCGAGCUGCUGGCCAAUGAGAUUACGGACCUCUUCGAAUCGACGUACUUUCUCAACGACAACCCGCGCCUCACCCUCGUCGACUACAGCAUCACGCCGGAUCGCACCGAAGGCACCGUCGCGCCGGUGGACGGCAAGACGCCGGACACCAAGAGCGCGAUGCGUAUCUUUGAGGGCGUCAUCGUCCUCGACGGCAAGGAGUACAGGCUGCGCGGCAGGGGUAACGGUCCAAUCUCCAGCAUGGCCGCCGCGCUCAAGGACGUCGGCAUCGACUUUGACGUCAAUGACUACAAGGAGCACGCCAUUGGUGAGGGUCGCAGCGUGAAGGCCGCCUCGUACAUUGAGUGCAAGCCCACCGGCAUGAAGCAGACCGUGUGGGGUGUCGGCAUCCACGAGGACGUGGUGCAGAGUUCUCUCCUGGCCUUGUUGAGCGCCGCCAGCAACUUCAUGACGAGCCGGCCUGCCAGCCCCGUGUUGAAGCCCAGAGUGGCGCCGAUCUCUUGA